CGCACACUACGUCGCGGGCGUUAGCGGCCUUGUUUAGGUCACAAAGUCCCGCCUUUCAACUGCCAAGCCAAUAGAACCAUAGCUUAGAAACUUCACACUGAACCAUGCUUAGUGAACCUGAAUGUCGUGUAUUAUCAUCGGUUUUCGAUACAUUACUACUGGACUUUGAUCCGAAAGAUGCAGUGAUCUUUUUGGAAAGUUCUGGGCUGCUCACAGAGGAUCUCGCCGAGAAGAUCGAAUCCAAGGCAACGCGACUUGAACGACUGAGGGAACUUCUGCGAAUUUAUAGAAGACGAGCUACAGACUGCGACCUUCUAAUUUCCUACUUUGAAUAUGCCAAACAGGAACACAUUGCAAAUGCGAUGAAAACUGAUCUGGAGCACGUUCUGGACGGCUAUGGUGGCCCAGAUGUCGAACCUCGAUUUCCUCAUCACCUUCGACUGCGUAAACUGCUUGCUGGUAGAGUACCAAGAGCGUUCCAGCAUGUGAAAAGGGAAGCGAUGCAAAUGCGAGUGGCAAAAACUUUGAGAGAGCGAUGCGAUUUGGACUCUUUCUUUGUUGUCUUGCAUGGUAUCGCUGGGUGCGGGAAAUCUUCUCUUGCUGCGGCGGUUCUUGCGGAUAUACCAGAUUUAUUAGGAAAUUGUUUUGAAUCUGUCAUUUGGCUUCGCGAUUCAAGUACAGAGCCAAAUCGCGUCCGCUAUCUUUUCGCUGAUCUCUUGCUCAUGCUGUGGGAUGAUGUGGCUAGUGAUCCACCAAGAGUAGACGACAUGUCAUCUGUCUAUCUAUACAAACAGAUUGAAACCGCCUUAAUUGAUCGACCAAAUGUCCUGGUAGUUCUCGAUGAUGUUUGUCAGAAGGAGACAGUGAACUUCGCAAAUCAGCUAGGUAUUCGUGUGUUGGCAACAACUCGGAAUGCUGAGCUGUUUGCUAGUGCUACUUGCUCAGUGGAUAUCAUCCAUGUUGACGGUGUUACGACAGAAGAAUCCAAAGAAUUACUUGGAAUUACUGAUGCGUCGACUGAGUCUGAAGAGGCGCUUUCUGAAGCGAUCUCACUUUGUAGUGGAAAUGUGGCUCUUUUGAACAUCAUGAGAAAACUUUCUGCUGGCCGUGCUGAUCGGUUGAUGACAUUCUGCCGUCGGUUGAAAACUCGAGGAUUAUCAGCAGUUAGUGCUGCAACUUCUUUCGAGUUCGAAUCUAUGCAUGCUGCGCUGAGCGCUUCCGUGCAGAGGCUACCAUCUCCUGAUCGGGAUACAUUAGCAUGUGCUGCCAUCCUACCAUCAGAAGAGGAGAUUCCACUUGAGAUCUGGGGUUCAGUUGUACCAGUAGAUGUUAUUGAUGCGGAUGAAUCAGAGUUUCUUAUGCUACUAUCUGAUCGCUUGACGAGGCUGUGCGAAAACGGAGACUGGUUCGGGCAUAAUAAGCUAAAUGAUACAUUCAAAUUUAGCAAAAUGGUGGAACUCUACUUGAAAGACAGUGUUGAAGCUGAUACUGUGAAGACCCUUAUCAACAUAAUGAAGAUGCGUCUACAGCGAGAGCAACAACAAGGAGAUGCGGCAAUGAAUCCUUGUUUGAGGUGCAGCCGUUACGGACCGGUGAUUUGAAGCGGCAGCGUGACAUUAUCAUAUUUAAUCAUUUUUGCUGAUUGGUAAUUUUUCGGUUUUUGAGUGUUAUCUGGAUGUAAUACCCAUUUCUUUAUCAUUUCGUUCAUUUGUCUCAAUAGCCUUUGAGCAUUUUUAUUCACUUUUUACGUUCCCUUCACUUGUCUCUUGCUCAUGAUUAUUCUCACUUCUCUUGAUGAUGAUCUUUUCAAUGUUAAUUUGAUCUCCUUAUCAAUCUCAAUCUCACUUGCAUAAUCUCAUACUGCCAUGUUAUAUCAUGCUUGAUCUGAAAUCAUAA